AUGCGUACCUCCCUCUUUCUCGCCGGCUUCCUAGCCACCCUCUCCGUCAUCGCCACCCCAGUCGCCCCUAACCCAACCCACCUCAACACCGUCGAAACAGAGCACCUCAAACAAGAUCUCGAGGUCCCCGACCUCGGAAGCGGAGGGUCCUUAAUGGCAGAGCCUCACCUCACCACGGACGAGCACCCGUGGAUGAGGAGCAAGGAGGAGCCCCCCAAGAAACCGACCCGCUCCAGACCGAAGCCUAAGAAGAAGAAGGGGAAGAAGAUCAGACACACAUACAAGAUAGUCUAUCCGGACCCGGGCUGGCACUACCCAAUCCAUAACCCGCUCAUGCCACACAAACACAAGCCGCACAAGAAGAAGAAGAAGGCAAACAAACCACCAGCGCCGCCGAAGCCGUGGCCGACGCGAUAUCCGAGUUUUGAAGAGUGGAUGAAUAAUCCCGAUGCGCCACCCCACUGA